AGUCAUUUUUUAUGAUGAUGUCAGUCAGGCCUGAACCACACCACACCAGAGGGAGGGCAUUAAUUCAUCAAUUAUAAGCAGUAGUCUAGAAUGAUCACGUGGCAAUGUCGUAAUUCCCAUAUAUCUGGCAUAUUCAUGCAGUAAACCAACAAGAGAGAGAGAGAAAAAUCAUGUGAAUUGAGAGCUCAUCUUCUCUUUAAAAACCCCUCAAAAACUUGCUAGCUGUAAUAUAUCAUAUAUGUGUAUUUUUGUGUGUGUGUGUGUGUGUGAGAGAGAGAGAGAGAGAGAGAGAGAGAAGUUGGGAUCAAGCUGAAGCUGGUAAGAGGAGGAAGAAGGUAGAGGCCGGAUGGGUUCUAGGGAGCAAAAGAGAGCGGCUCUAUAUGAAAAGUUGCAACAACUUCGUUCUGCUACUCACUCCACUGCUGUGAACAAGACCUCAAUUAUAGUGGAUGCAUCAAAGUAUAUAGAGGAGUUGAAGGAUAAAGUAGAAAGAUUGCACCAAGAAGUUGCAACUUCUUCACAGAUUUCAAACCCAUUACCGAUGGAGGUUACAGUGGAAACUCUAGAAAAGGGUUUCCUAAUUAACGUGUUUUCGGAAAAGAAUUGCCCAGGCUUGCUUGUCUCUAUACUGGAAGCUUUUCAAGAGCUGGGCCUUGACGUCCUCGAUGCUAGGGUUUCUUGUUCAGACAAUUUCCGUCUAGAAGCUGUUGGAGGAGAUAAUCAAGGAAAACACGAUAGCAUAGAUGCUCAAGUGGUCAAACAAGCGGUGCUGCAAGCUAUCAGGAACUGGAGCCAAAGUAGUGAGAAGGAAUAACCUAGCUAGCUAAUGUCUCCAUCCAUUUUUUCUCUCUUAAUUAAUUUCCACUUUCUUUAUUUACUUCAAUCUCUAUCUUAAUUUUCUUUUUCCUUGUAGCCCAUGAAAGUAAUAUAUAUAUACACACACACACAUAUAUAAUAUUAAAAGGAAGUACUAAAUUUUUAUCUAAUCAAAACUAAAAUAUCUAGGCAGAAUGAAAAUGUUUCUUGGUUUAAUGCAGAAUGGCUUUUUAAUAUAUAUUCAUGGAAAGCUUAAUUUCAAGCUUGUGCAGUA